UUGAAGAAAGAAUAAUUUGAGCAAAUUGCAAGGGCUUCUUCCUUCCUUCAAUCAAGCCCUCACUUGUCCUUUCAGUCCCAUCAAAAUUUCCCUCUUCACUCUCUCAAUUUUUUCACUUCCCGCUUUCAUCUCUUUCUCACUCUCUAUAGCUGAGAGCCACACCGUACCGUUAACACUUUCACUCUUCUUAGUUCGUGGUGGCGGUGCAAGUGAAGAUGUUGCACCGCAUCUGGUUGGUGGAUUUGUGACUAUGCAGAAGUUGUUUCCCUGUGUAUGUGUUGCCUGUGAGAUUAAGAGAAUUUCUGUGAUUGCGUUUUGAUUUUCAACUCACUGAUGGAGUGCAACAAGGAUGAAGCUAUGAGGGCUAAGCAGAUUGCUGAAAAUAAGAUGCAAGCUGGUGACUUUGAAGGGGCGCUGAAAUUUGCUACGAAAGCCCAGAGGCUGUUUCCUGAUAUUCAGAACAUUGUUCAGAUCAUUACAGUUUGUGAGGUUCACUGUGCUGCACAGAAAAAACACUCUGGGUCUGACAUGGACUGGUAUGGAAUUCUUCAGACAGAUCGGAUAGUUGAUGAAGCAACAAUAAAGAAACAGUAUAGAAAGCUUGCACUGCUACUUCAUCCUGAUAAAAAUAAAUCUGCUGGUGCAGAGGCUGCUUUCAAGUUGAUUGGUGAAGCUAACAGAGUAUUGAGCGACAGAACGAAGCGUACUUUGUAUGACUCAAAGCUUGGAGUUUCUUUGGGAAAUACAGCUCCUAAGGUUCCACCUCGUAAUCCAAAUGGGAAUUCUUUUGGGGCAAAAUAUGAUGGAACUACAAGAAAUCAUCAUAACAAUUUUUAUUCACAAAACAAUGCUUGGAAUGCAUAUCAUCGGGUUGAAAGUCAGACAUUCUGGACAUGUUGCCCAUAUUGUAAUACUAGAUAUCAAUACUACAAAUUCAUUUUAAAUCAGACCAUACGCUGUCAACAACAACAAUGUUCUAAAUCCUUUACAGCUCAUGAUAUGGGGAACCACAAUGUGCCACCAGGAUAUGGGUCACCUAAUAACCAGAAAGAGCCUCCAAAACAUGCACCAUCAAAAGAAGCAUCAAAAAGAAAUGGUGGCAAAUCUUGUAGUAGGAAACAGGAGGGUGUAUCCAUGUCAAAAUGUACUGCUGGAGUUGGUGCCAGUUCUAAAUUUGCAAAGAGCAGAGAUGCCCAUGUGGCUGCAGGAGUGGCAAAGGCUGGUGUUGGAACAUCCAACCCCACUAAUUCCAAAGCCAAGGAAUCACAAACCUCAACAAAAAUUGGAUGUAAGAGAGCAAGGCAGUCAGCAGCAUCAGAUGAUUAUAACAAAACUGGAAAUGGUAAAGGCAUGAAAGAUACCAAGGUUCAAGAAAAUAGGGUUGAUUCUCAUAGGAGAUCUUCUAGGAAAAAACAGCAUGUUUCGUACACAGAAGCUGAUAAAGAUGGUGAUGUUGGGAUUUCUCCCAAAAGGCCAAGACAUCAUGAAUCCUUUACCUCCACGGAAAUGAAGAAAAGAGAAGUGCCCACAACUGGUGGGUUGUUUGGUAACAAUAAUCCAGCCUCUUUUACUGCUGGUGUGGGUGGUCAGAAUGAUAGAAAGGAGGCAUCCAAUUCAGAUCUUAACGAUAGAAAGUCAAAAACUGACAAUUGUUCUCCACUGAAGUCAAAUUUAUCUCCCAGUUCAGAAAUUUGCUGUCCUGAUCCAGAUUUCAGUGAUUUUGAGAGAGAUAAGGCAGAGGAUUGUUUUGCUGUUAAUCAAUUGUGGGCUAUUUUUGAUAAUGACGAUAGUAUGCCAAGAUUCUAUGCUUUUGUCAAGAAAGUGUACUCCCCUUUCAAAUUGCAGAUUACUUGGCUGGAACCUGACUCAGAUGACCAAGGUGAGAUUGACUGGCAUGAAGCAGGUUUGCCUGUUGCUUGUGGUAAGUUUAAACUUGGUCAUUCUCAGAGAACUACAGAUCGUUUUAUGUUCUCUCAUCUGAUGCAUAGCAUAAAAGGAAGUGACGCUGGUACUUAUCUUGUAUAUCCAAAAAAGGGAGAAACUUGGGCAGUUUUCAGACAUUGGGAUAUUGGAUGGAGUUCUAAUCCAGAAAAGCAUUCAGAGUAUCAAUUUGAAUAUGUGGAAGUUCUAUCUGAUUUUGCUGAAAAUGUUGGCAUUGAAGUUGCUUAUCUUGGCAAACUGAAAGGGUUUGUCAGUCUCUUUCAGCGAACUGUGCUGAAUGGAAUUAGCUUAUUUUGUAUUCCGCCUAAUGAGCUAUAUAGGUUCUCACAUCGAGUUCCUUCAUAUAAGAUGACAGGUGCUGAAAGGGAAGAUGUUCCAAAAGGAUCUUUUGAACUCGAUCCUGCUGGUCUGCCUAAUAGUCUUUUUGAAGUUGGUGAUCCUGGUGUUGUGAAGAUAGAUGGAGUCAAUUGUUCGAACAAUGAAUACUUGAAGUGUAAAGUUGAACAGCCAACGUCUAGUGAUAGUAUUCACAAAGCAAAGUUGCGAGAAAGUAAUGAUGAUGAAAGAAUCUCACAAAUCCUCAGAAGAUCACCAAGGUCAAGCCAAAAAGGUAUGAACAAUGGUCAAGCAAGCACUAGCCACAGGGACACCUCAGAGGGAGACACUGUCGUAUCUCAGACCAAUGAGAAGAAAGUCGAGAUACCUCAGAAACAUGAGAAAAAUAAUUGUGUAGAAGAGACAUUGAAAGCUCGAAAGUCACCUAGAGAUUUAAGCAAGAAAAAUGUUAAAGGAGAUGCAGGUGAAUGGACGACAGGCAAGAUGACUGAUAAUCAUUCAAAUAACAGCAAAAAUGUGAAGGACAGGAGUUUUCCUCAGUCGGUGGGAGCUUCGAGUUAUGACUUUAAGAAGGAAAAAUCUGAAGAGAUGUUUCAGUGUGGUCAGAUAUGGGCAAUAUAUGGUGACAGGGAUAAUAUGCCAAAUACAUAUGCACAAAUUAAGAAGAUUGAAUUCACUCCUAAUUUUAGAUUGCAGGUGUCUGUGCUUGAACCCUGCUCACCAUCAAAUGACUUAAAAAGAACAAUAUCUUGUGGUUCUUUUAAAGUUAAAGCAAAAUUGCAGAUUCUUUCUAUCUCUGCAUUCUCUCAUCAAUUAAAAGUCGAACCCUUGGUAAAUAGUAGAUAUGAAAUUUACCCUAGAAAAGGUGAGAUUUGGGCUCUACACAAGGACCAGAAGUGUGAACUGACUUCAAAUCAGGGCAGAGAUGAAUGUCAUAUAGUAGAAGUAUUAGCAGAUAGUGACAAAAGUAUACAAGUUGUUGUUCUGAUGCCGUAUAGCAACUCUCAGACAAUUUUCAAGGCUCCUAGAAUUCAGAGAUCUAAAACUGGUGUAAUUGAAAUAUUAAGAGAAGAGGUUGGCAGAUUUUCACAUCAGAUUCCUGCAUUUCAGCACAGUGGGGAAGACAAUGUUCAUCUCAGAGGGUGUUGGGAGCUUGAUCCUUCUUCAGUUCCUGGUUGUCUCAUACCAAUAGACUGAAGUAUAGCAUAUUUAUACCCCUCUUGUUCUUUUUGUUGGCUAUAGUGGACCUAUGUUUUCUAUGACUUAUCCAUCUAUUCUGUGAAGCAGCAACGUAUGGAAAUGUGUUCAAGAGAUUUCGUCAUUCUAUGUUUUAGUCAGUUACAUUAAUUAAAGCAGCUGUUAUCACAUUUUGGAUAUACUUUUUGUUGUCGUUAGUGUGCGCUGACACGCGGGACGCCUGAUCUUGUGUUAGUACUUGACACUCUUUAGUCCUGAAUUCGCUUCAAUAUGAUAGUUUUUACUGUGCCAUUCAGCCAGAAGAAAAAAUGUGUGCUGGUAAAUACAUUUUAUCCUUUUAAACUGGUAGUUGUGCUCCUGUAUCCGUUUAUAAUACGAUUUUUCCUAUAUUGUUACC